AUGGCAGCGUCUGCGUUGGAAAUGUAUAUGACUUGUAUCGCCAAAUGCCUCACACAUGUCUCGAGAUACAGUCGAAUCGGAACGGGAGAGGAGAAUUUCCAUUUCACGGCAAACAAUUCGCGAUUGGAGUGCGACGAUAAACCAGCUUUUAGAACUCGUUUAGCCCUACCUUCCGAUUACGAAAGCGUAGCAGACUUCAUGUGCGAAUCGUAUUACAAACACGAACCGGUAGUCACUAAUAUCGGCCUAGAGGGCACAGAGGCGCCACCUGUUUGGAGAGACAUGAUGCUGGAGGAAGUAAAAGCCGGAUAUCGGAAGAACUGCAUCAUUGGUGCUGCCCUAAACUGCGUAACGUACGCCAGUGAAGCGAAGAAGCUGUAUAGUUUAGCAGAGAGUUGCGACGAGGGCCCGAUUCGUGACAUUAUCAAAUUUUUCGGAUACAUAGCCGAGGCGCCCAAACUUUGGGACCGCUACUGCGUCAAAGGUGUCUUCGAACUGUGCAGCAUAGCAAUAAGAAAUGAUUCUAAAGAGACUGGCGUUGCUAAGAGACUGGUGCUGGAAAGUUGGCUCCUAGCACGCGAUUGCAGCUACCGCUUGUUCCGCAUGGAUUGCAACAAUGUUUAUUGCGCACAGAUAGCCCGAGGUUUCGGCUGGCCAAUGAUUUGGAGCAUACCCUUCACUCAGUAUGUGAAAGACGGCAGAGUUGUAUUCAAUCACGUCAAGGAACCGCAUACCACGUGCCAGGUGUUCGUUGAUCAAUUACAAUAUUGCGAAACCUACCUUCCUCCUUAUAAGUCGUGCAAAAAGAUGACAUCUACUCAGUAUAAAAAGUGA